CUGGCUAGCUCCUCCCUGUGCAGAGACUGCCUGGCUGCGGUGACAAGCCACGGCGGCCCCAGAGGUGGUGGAGAGAUGGCCUUCUGCAGCUCCCAGUCUCCCUACCUGAACCCAGGCAUCCCCUUCUCGGGGAAAAUCCAGGGGGGUCUCCAGGAUGGACUGAAGAUCACAAUCAAUGGGACCGUUCUUUACUGCAAUGGAACCAGGUUUGCUGUGAACUUUCACAGUGGCUACAGUGACAAAGACAUUGCCUUCCACUUCAACCCUCGGUUCGAGGAGGGUGGCUAUGUGGUCUGCAACACGAAGCAGAAUGGGACCUGGGGGCCAGAGGAAAGGAAGAUGCACAUGCCCUUCCAGAUGGGGCAUCCCUUUGAGCUCUGCUUCCUGGUGGACAGCGGGGAUUUCAAGGUGACGGUGAACGGGAGCCAUUUUGUGCAGUACUCACACCGCGUGCCUUUCCACCGCGUGGACACCCUGUCUGUCACCGGGGCUGUGCAGCUGUCCUUCAUCGGCUUCCAGAAUACCCGAGUAAGCCUUACCCAGCCUGCCUUCUCCACGGUGCAAUUCUCCCAGACUGCCCGUGUCCCACCCAAGCCCAAGGGCCGAAACCCAAAAUCUACAGGCGUUUGGCCCGUCAACUCGGCUCCCAUUACUCAAACCGUCAUCCACACCGUGCACAGCACCCCUGGACAGCCGUUUCCUGGACAGCCGUUCCCUAAUCCUGUCAUCCCACCUGUGGUGUACCCCACCCUGACCUAUCCAGUGCCUUUCUUCACCUCCAUCCCGGGUGGGCUGUACCCCUCCAAGAGCAUCUUCGUGUCAGGCACCGUCCUGCCCACUGCCCAGAGGUUCCACAUCAACCUGCGCUCUGGGAGUGACAUCGCCUUCCACCUGAACCCCCGUUUUGAUGAGAACGUCGUGGUCCGCAACACGCAGAUCAACAGCUCUUGGGGAUCUGAGGAGCGAAGCCUGUCCCGACAAAUGCCUUUUGCCCGGGGCCGGAGCUUCUCGGUGUGGAUCACAUGUGAAGGCUACGGCCUCAAGGUGGCUGUGGACGGUCAGCACCUGCUGGAAUACAGCCACCGCCUGAAGAACCUGCCCGCCAUCAACAGCCUGGAAGUGGGGGGCGACGUCCAGCUGACCCACGUGCAGGCAUAGCUGGGCUCCCUGGCCCUGGGGCCGAGGGCGGGGCUGUGCUGCUGACCGCAUGGGCUCCUCACCUCCGUCUUCCUGUCCCUCUCCCUGUCCCUACCCUCAGGCUUUCCCAGCCUGCUGGGGAACUGGGGCUUUUCUGGAAAGAAGGUUGUGUCAUGCCUGGGUGGCUCAGUCGUUAGGUAUCUGCCUUUGGCUCAGGCCCUGAUCCCAGGGUCCUGGGAUGGAGCCCC